AUGCCAGAUUUUAGCCUGUCUGAGCAACUCACAAAGUUUCAAACGAGCGACAAAUAUGGGUACCCAGCGGUUGAGAACCCUUCCAGUGAGUUGAACACUGUCACAGAUGCUCUUGCAGUUUCACCCGAGCUGAUUGACGAUAACGAAGAAACAUUAGAGAGCUUGAUGGAUCUUGCUCACGGUUUCUCUCAGCUCCAGCCACAAUUCCAGACACAGCUUACUUAUCUAGUGAGCUCUUCUUUUGGAAACUUAGCACAAGCAAUAGACGGCAGUUUUUCUGGUGGCUCAACUAACGCAGAGUUAAUGGCCAUGGUGCCGCAAUGGAAGCGCCAACUGGAAGAGUACGGAUAUAUCACUCAUGUUUUACUGCACUUCCUUCAGAAUGAUAUUGCAGCAGCAGCUUCUCAAAACACCAUGGCUAAAGCUGGCGCUAGAACUAAUACAGCUUCUAGCGCGAGUUCAACUUCGUUUAAGAGAACCAGCAACCAAAUAGAGAUCAUCUUGAGCUGCGUCCUAAAAGUGUUCAAUCUCAAUAUUUCAAGGAUGUUUCCUACAACCCCAGAGAGAGAUCUAUUCAUAGGCCUUUUCACGAGGCCGCUUUACGUGUUAAUAGAAACAGAACAAGUUCUGAAGAUGCCCGCUAUAAAACUCUUUAUCAUCAAAAUUAUUGGGACAGCUGUUAAAAAUCAUGGACAAAGUUCAAGCACACAAAAUGCGAUACUGACAUCUCUAACAUACUUUGUUCAUCUCAAUAAUUUCAGCGCGGAGCUUUUACAGGCUAUCAAUGAUGACUUCGAUUUCCCGCAGCUUACAGAAGACAUCUUGAGAGAUAUCAGCAACAAAGAAUUUAAUUCAAAGGAUGUUAAAGGCCCGAAGUCGAUUGCAACUUUUCUUGUCAAGCUAUCUGAACUAAUACCACGCAUCGUUUUGCGACAGAUGACACUUAUUGUUAAGCUGCUCAACAACAGUUCCUUUACAUUGCGAUGUGCAGUUGUAGAGGCUUGUGGCAACAUAGUUAUAGAGAUCUCUUCCAAACGGGAAGACCUUGAACUAUGCAAGCAGUCUGUGGAUGUGCUACUGGAGCUACUGGAAGAAAGGUUUGCGGAUUCUAAUCCUUAUGUGAGAACCAAAGCUAUUCAAGCCUGUUUGAAAAUAUGCGACCUUCCCAUUAAAUUCAAGAAGCACAGGUCAAACCUUGUGAGUUUAGCAGUGCGCUCUCUUCAGGACCGGUCAUCUUUGGUACGAAGGAAUUCUGUAAAAUUACUGACUAGGCUUUUGUUGACCCACCAAUUUGAUGCCCUGCAUGGUACGCAACUUGACCUCUCUGAAUGGGAGACCCGCCUGAAAGAAGCUGAAGAGCUCCUUGCCAGAACUGUAGAAGAAUCUCAAAGUGAUAGCGGUAACGCUCUCGAUAAUAUAAUUGAAAAAAGUGUCCGGGAGGGUGAUGAAGACUCCUCCGAAGAAAGCGAUGAAGAUCAAGUUUCAAGGCUAGAGCGAGAGGCUGAGGACGUGCCGACAACAAACUCAAACGCAAUUUUCAAGAUGAAAUUAACUAUUCAGUACUACAAGGACGCGGUCUCAUUCAUCAAAAGUAUCCACGAGGGUAUUGAAAGGUCUUGUCAGUUGCUUUUCUCAAGAAACAGAAACGAAGUUCUUGAAGUUAUGGAUUUCUUCGUCUUGACUGACGCUUUCAACGUAAAAUUGAGCAAGUUAGGUGUGCGAAAAAUGCUUCAUCUUGUUUGGAUGAAAGGUUCUAACGACGAAGGAACCAGUAUAGUCGCGCACUUGAUUUCGUGCUAUAAUCAACUGUUCCUCACACCACCCGAAGGAUUCAACUUCCGCGAAAAAGCUGCGUAUAUUGCCAAGAAUUUGAUACGCCUCACCGAAAAUACUUCAGCGGCUGACCUCGCUUCCCUGGAAAGGCUUUUAGGUCUGAUUUACGAGGCAAAUUUUAUAGAUCAAGACGCAAUCAAUGUCCUAUGGGCAAUAUACAGCAGUUGCUCUGGAGAGAAGGAUGCGUUUGACGAGAAACAGGUCCACGGUUCUAUUAUCGUGUUAGGAAUGCUCUCGCUGGCUGACCAUCAGAUAGCUCUAAAAGGUCUAGAUGCCCUUUUGAAAGUUGGUCUUGGUGAACCUGGUAAAAAGGAUUUGAUACUUUUGAAGUACACUUGUGUUGCGAUUCAACGAAUGGUUCCAAGAAGCGAAAAAUCAGUUCCAGCAGGGAUUCCAAGAGAAUCUGAAGCAGUGUUAAAAUUACAUGCCAGGAUUACAGAGUUCGUGGAUACCUCGGACUACUAUCCAGCAUGCGAAGAAGCAAUAAAAGCUAUUUUUGCCAUAUCUUCAUCACCAGAUUUGGUGGGCACAGAAAUUAUACGGGAAAAAACUAUGAUGACAUUUGGCCGCAAAGAAGACGAGAGCCAUGCCAAUAAUGUUGCCUCAAGAACUGGUUCUUUGUCGCAACUUUUAUUUAUUGUGGGACAGGUCGCGAUAAAUGCCAUUGUGUACUUAGAGAAAUGCGAAACUGAAUUUAAAAGACGGAAAAUUGAUGCGGAGGCUCACAAACACAGAGGUGCAUCUGACCAACCUGGCACAGAAGCUGCCGAGGAACACCAACAAGAGUUGGAGAUGAUCGGGGGGACAAACGAAGAUGACUUCUCCGAUGCCAUAGCAUUCAUAAAGGAAAAUGAGUUACUUUUCGGAGAAAAGUCACUAUUAGCCAAGUUUGGACCCCUUGUUGAGGAAAUAGUUUCAAAUAACACGAAGUUCGCUGACAAAAUGCUUCAGCGAACCGCAGUUUUGUGCCUCGAGAAAUUCAUGUGUGUCUCGUCAAAAUACUGCGAAAACAAUCUUCCCUUGCUUAUUACUAUUAUGGAGAAAUCACCAGAUCCCAUCAUCCGUUCGAAUGCCAUCUUGGGUCUUGGCGAUAUGGCUGUGUGUUUUAACAAUUUGGUGGACGAGAACACUGACUUCUUGUAUCGCCGCUUGCAUGAUGGCGACUUGAUGGUGCAAAAAACAUGCCUGAUGACAGUGACAUUCUUGAUUCUUGCCGGCCAAGUCAAAGUCAAAGGGCAACUAGGCCAAAUGGCCAAAUGUCUCGAGAACCCUGAUCAGGGGAUCAGCGACAUGUGCAAACUAUUUUUCACCGAACUGGCUACAAAGGACAAUGCUAUUUACAAUGGGUUUAUUGAUAUUUUCAGUAGUCUUUCUAAUGACGAGGACUUGGGACGGACAUCGUUCAAACGAAUUUUGAAGUUCCUGCUCUCUUUCAUUGAAAAGGAGAGGCACCAGAAGCAGCUUAGUGAGAAGCUGCUGGUGCGUCUACAAAAGUCGGAGACCCAAAAGCAAUGGGACGAUGUGGCGUUUGUUCUCAAUAGUUUGCCGUUCAAGAGCGAGAAAGCAAAUGCUAUGCUCACAGAGGGGUUUAAAAUGGUAACAGCCAGGAAUUAG